AUGAUGGAUCCCGACCUCCCGACACACGACUCGUGUCUACACUGUCGUGGCGUUGCCCUUGACUUAUGGUGUGAGAGCACAGCGCCGGAGGUGGACUAUGGCGACGCGCACACCGUAGACGAGAGGGGACGGAGAGUGCUGCACGAGAUGAAGCGCGAAGCGGAGUUCUGGGCCAUGCGAGCUGGCGUGCAGGAACGAGUGUCCACUGCCGGCUCCAAGGAUCGGGACUCCGAGAAAGCUUUGGCGCGGGCUCUGGACGAGCUGGGUUACCAUGACCAGAUUCGGAACGUUGCCCAUGGGGCUCACGCGAGAGGGCUGCGGCGGCAGAUCACUGGAAUAGGCUCGCUGCCGGCCGAGCUUAGGUGUCUCUACCCCGAGCUAUACCCCCCGUCGCCGCGGCUACCGUCGCGCCACUCCACGUCGGCUAGAACUACCGCCACCAACACCACGAACCCAUCGCAAGCGGCCCCCGAGAUCCGGCGGCAACGCCACCAACAGCAGGAGCAGCAGCAGGGAGAGGACGACUUGACCGACCCCGAACCCCUGGACCACGUGAGGAAGGCGUGCUCGAGAUGGAGGGCCAACGUCGCCGACGAACUCAGAGCCCUGGCCGCGGAGAGGGGGGGAAGGUUUGCGAGGCCGAGAGCUGGCGGUAGUCCGGCGGCGGCGGGGGUCGGGGAUGGCGAGGGCGGCCGGGGGGGUCCCGGGGCUGGGGGAGGGAGCGGUGGCGGCGGCGGAGCAGACAGCAACAACAGAGGCCGGAGAGACAGCGGCGCAUCGAGCGCCGCCGCCGCUGCAAAUGCGGGGACGGGCGGCUUCCUGUUCGACUCGGCCGACCUCCUCGACGCAUUGCAACUGCGGGUCAAGUCUUUGGAAGAGCUCCGGGAAUCAUACCGAGAGCUGUCGCCGGAGUUGCACCAGACCGGCCUGGAUGACCGAGGGGGGUUCGGCGAGGAUAGGUUCACGGCGGAGAGACUGUCGCAAGGCCGAAAGAUCCUCAAGGCCGGCUUUGCGCCGGAGGCGAUGGAGUACGCCAGGAGAGGGGUUGCCGACUCGCUCCGACCGGCGGUGUGGAGGGCGAUACUCGGGCUCCCAAAGGCGCUGACCCCGCAAGACUUGGAGUAUUUCGCAGGCCUUAUGUCGGAGGUGGACCGGACGGAGCUGGUGACCGACGAGCUGUACGGCCUGGACGUGCAGUUCAUCAGCGACGACGACAAGUACUUCCCCUUCGAGGAAACCUUGCACGACGUCAUCCUGGCGUUCUCAAGGGACCCUUGGGUCCUCCGGCACAGCGAAGCCACCCUUCACGACCUCGUCCCUAUCGGGGAGGGGGCGGUGGGGGCUGACGACUGGGCAUUUUUGAGCGGUGCGGGGGCUGGGGGCUAUUGUCCCCCGUGCGGUGUGCAGCCAUUUCGGGGGCUCGUGAACUACGCGGCAGUACUGUGCUUCUUGUUCGAAGAGAGGGAGGCCGUGUAUUUUACUCUCAGGACCAUGUUCGCGAGGUUUUGGUGCAGGCUGAACGCCGUGCGCUCCGGCCCCGGCAUGCUGCUCCGCCUGCUCAAGCUCUUCGAGUCUCUGGUGCAGCGGCACCACCCGCGGCUCGUGCGGAAGCUGCUGCAGCUGGGCUUGCAACCGCUGCAGCUGGCCAUGCCCUGGAUACAGUUCGGCUUCGUGACCUACCUGGAGGCAGACCAGGUGCUGCUGCUGUGGGAUAGACUGCUGGGGUACGACUCCCUCGAUCUCUUGUCGGUUCUCGCCGCCUCGGUGUUGGUGUUUAGAGCAAAGCUGGUGCUGCAGGUUUCGGACGCUGCUGCGGUGAUGGAGAUAUUCUCAGACGGGCGACAACUGGAAGUCGUUCCGCUUCUCCAGGCCUUCAUGUUUCCCGCGUGGUGAAUCAAUGGAGUGAAAUCAAUAACCAAAACACACCACUGGAGUAGCGUGGAAGCUUGUAUUUUCCCCUUUUCGCGCUGUCUCGUUUUCUGCUGUAGAUGGUUCUACACUUAGCCGUUAGCGACGUUUGGGUCUUUCGGCAAGUACUGAUUUUCUAGGCGCCAAGAUGUCUCGUGGGCCCCCUGACUUGUUCGGAGGAGUGACCGCACUUAUGAAACCUCUCAAUUGCGAACGGACUUCCAGUUCGAAACACUUUUGUUUUCGUCUGGGGUGGCCUUGAGCUGAGCAAACCCAUUUCUUUCCAGCAGGCCUGCUAUCUUGGGCCGGUUGCGCUUGGCUCUGUGGGUAACAUACCGCGCGUAGGUUUCGGUGUCUGAACCGGAACACAAGUGAGCUUGGUACAGCCGGUGGUGAUCAAUAACGGCGAGAACUGUUUGCGCACAUUUGGCUUUCUAUGGUAUUGGCCUGGGCAGGAGGUGUCCGACCAACUCACAAUAGUUUGUUCUCAAGCUCUUCAGUGCGUAUAUGAACGAUCUGAAACGCCGUACCAGGUUUGUUGCAUUUCGCUUGCACGUACUUCGAAGUACAUAGUUUGAGGUGCCUCACAUUCACAGCUCUGAGAGGGCCGUAGCAGCGGUGGAGCGGGCGAAUGAUCUUGCUACGGAUUUCGGCUGGAUUGUUGAUGAGGUGUAUCUUGUGAAAAUUCGAGCCCCCACAAGUGUGAAGAUAUGCAACGGACGUGAGUAAACGCUGCGAUUGGAACCCGCAAUGCUCCUUGAACGUCCUGAAGUUGCGAAAUGCCUCUUCUCCGAGUUUUGUCUUCGCGGCAGUCGGUGUGCCAUGGAUGGGCUCGUUUGAAGCCGUAAGCAUGUCCCAGAGCUACCUGACACACGAUCCUU